AUGUCUGACCAACAAAAGGGGUUGGUACAUGCUGUUGAUGAGCUUUUGCCUAAGGCAGAACAAAGAUUCUGCAUCAGACAUCUUUAUGCUAACUUCAGGAAGCAAUUUAGUGGUCAAAUUUUGAAGAAUUUGAUGUGGAGUGCUGCAACAAGCACUUACCCCCAGGCUUGGGAGAGAGAAAUGCUGAAAAUGAGAGCAGUGAAUGAGGAUGCUUAUAAAUACCUUAUAGCUAUUUCCCCAAGGUAUUGGUCAAGAUCUAGAUUCACAGCUCAAGCUAGUUGUGAUAGUCUAGAUAACAACAUCAGUGAAGGUUUCAAUAGUGUCCUUAUUCCUGCUAGAGGAAAACCAAUAGUGACAUUGCUGGAAGAUAUCCGAUUGUAUUUGAUGAAAAGAUGGGCCACCAACAGAACGAAGGUGGCAGGUAUGGAUUUCAAUGUUUGUCCAAAGAUCAAGAAGAGACUAUCAAAGGAAUGUCAACUAUCUAGAAAUUGGAUUCCAAGCUGGUCUGCAAGAAGAAUUUUUGAGGUUAGAAAUGUUUCAGCUGUUGGGAACAAGUUUGUUGUGGACUUGGAUACUCAUGAAUGUAGCUGCAGGAAGUGGAUGAUAAGUGGCAUCCCAUGUUGCCAUGCAGUAGCAGCCAUGCACUACAUAAAUUUAGACCCAGACAAUUUUAUACCAGCCUGCUUCUUGAAGUCCACCUACGAGGAGACAUAUGCAUUCAUCAUUUAUCCAGUGAAUGGCCACCUCAUAUGGGAGAAAACAAGCUUCCCUGAUAUAAUGCCACCAGUAAAGAGGAAGAUGCCUGGAAGGCCAAAGAAGAAAAGAAGAUUGGACCCAUGGGAGCUAACCAAGGAUGGGACCCAGAUGACUGUUGGUGGGCAUAGAAAGAAAUGUAGCAUCUGUCGUCAAGUGGGGCACAACAAAAAAAUUUGUCCUCUACGUCCACCCAUCAUAGAGCCAACAGAACCAACAACUGAGCAACCUACCCAGCCACAAGAACCACCAACUGAGCAACCUACCCAGCCACAAGAACCACCAAGUGACCAACCUACCCAGCCACAAGAACCACCAAGUGACCAACCAACUCAGCCUCCAGUACCAACACAAGAUUCCAUGACAGAACCAACUCCACCAGUACCAAGGAACAAGUUAACAAUUAGAAGAAAAGUUGCAUAGGACAGUGUANUGAGAGUGUGUAGGACAUGUUUUGUAGCUAAGGUUUUAUGUAUGUUUAUUUGAAGUUAGACAUUUUAUCACCAAGGUAUUUGAAU